AUGAAAAUUUCAGUGUUCCCGGUCGCCAUUGCUCUAGUUGCCUCCUCAAGCCUCGUCUCGGCUCAGUCAACGAUCCAGCUCCGUCAACAUGAUGCACGAGGCGACUCCCAUCAGCGAUGGAGUUUGGAACAUGAAGUCGAGCGGAUGGCGGCAAAAUAUGCAAAGAAUGCGCAGAUGUAUUUCAAAAACACUGGCAAGCACCACAGUGUUGUGAAUGGCACGACACUUGCCAGGCGAUCGAAUUCCGGUAAGGUGGGAAUGGGGAUGGUGGACGGAUCGAGAUGGGUCGGUGAAAUUGAGAUCGGUUCGCCUGGACAAAAGCAAGGCGUUGCGUUCGACACCGGCUCGCCCAACAUUAUUAUUGGGCGAGGUUCGUACAGGCCCGACGACUCAAGCACGUCAAAGAGCCUGGGGAAAUUGUUUGAGACUGACUUUCUCGGCCCGAGUGUACAAGGUUCACUGUAUUCUGACGAGGUCAAUGUGGGGGGUGUGAAGGCCAAACACGUUGUUCUUGGAAGCUCUGAUGCAGACUUUAUGAAUAAAGAGGGCGUCGAUGACGAGAGCUUAGCUGGCGUCUUUGGACUUUCGUUCCCUAGCAUUGGAGAUUUUGGUAUUUCGGAGGAUCACACCUUCGUCGGAGCUGCCAAAAAGCAGAAAAUCUUUUACGACAACGUAUAUCAAUUUUUUAUCCGGAAGAACGGAGAUUCAUAUCUGAAUGUGGGGAAAGUCAACAAGGAAAGACUGGAUGGUGAAGUAGGAUGGGUUGAUGUGGACAGCUCAGAUGGUUAUUGGAAGGCGGAAGUGGAAAUGAAUGGUCAUAAAGCCAACGGAAUUGUUGAUUCAGGAACGACAUUUAUUUUCGGAAACAAUGACGAUGUGAAGAAAGUCCUGGAUGACAUCGACGGGGUGGAGGUGAAGAAAUCAGAUUCGGGUGAUUGGCAAGGCUGGUACAAGUGUGAUAGCCCACCUGAGGUCAAGAUCAAGGUUGCAGGAAAAGAAGUGAAAAUGGAAAAAGAUGCUAUGGUUGCGGGUGUUGACAACGAUCAAUGCCAGCUCACAAUUGCUGGUGUACAUGGAGUCAAUUCGUGGAUUUUUGGUGAGAGCUUUUUCGAAAUGUAUUCUAUUAUAUUCGACUUUGGUAAAGAGCGAAUGGGCUUUGCAAAGACGAAGGACUAA